UCAAGCUUAUAAAACAGAGGAAAACAUCAUCAAACUUACAUAUACCUUCAAAAUUCAUAUAAAAAAAAAAAAUAGAAAAUUUAAGCAGAAAAAUAAGAAAAAUUGUUUUGAAGAUGGAAGAAACUGUAUUAUUUAUAGAUGAUUUAGAUACUUCUUCAUAUUACUACUGUAGAAUUUGCCAUGAAGCAGAAUUUGAAAGUUGCAGAAAAUUAGAAGCUCCUUGUUCUUGUUCUGGAACAGUGAAGUUUGCUCACAGAGAUUGCAUACAAAGAUGGUGUGAUGAAAAAGGAGAUAUAAUUUGUGAACUUUGUUUACAGAAAUAUGAACCAGGGUAUACAGCAAUUCCUAAACAACCCAAGAAAAUUGUGGUUUUAGAUGAAGUUGUAAGCAUCAGGGGAAGUUUGGAAAUUCCAAGAACAGAACAAGCACCUCAAAAUCCAGACUUAUUAGCCAUAGCUGAAUGUUCAUCAGAAGCAGAAAGAAGUGCAUCUUGUUGCAGAACAGUAGCCCUUAUUUUUACAUUUCUUUUGUUGAUGAGACAUAUGCUUGAUGUACUACUUGGAGGAGCAGAAUAUCACCCCUUCUCAAUUCUAACUGUACUAAUCUUGCGAGGUUGUGGAGUAAUAAUUCCGAUGUACGUAAUAAUUCAGACCAUAUCAGCACUCCAAAACAGCAUCAAACGAAACCGAAUCCUUCAUGAAAACUUCAUGUUAAAUACCAAUGGUGUCAGAGUUGCUGACAUUGAAGAACAAGUACAUCAAAGAUAGCAUAGAGACUUGCUAGUGUCAUGACUGUAUUUCAGCUUGUAAUACACUAUUGUACAUCAAUACUAGGAUAAACAAAUCUUAAUUGAGAUAGAAUAGAACAUCUAUUUUUACAUAAACAUUCAUUAUAAAUCAACAUUCAAUUACAUCCCAUGUAUAAGAAAUUUGUUCCGAUACCGCCUUUUAUUUGAUUGGGAAAAUCCCAAAUGCUA